AUGCAGUUCCAAAUCCUCGCCCUUGUUGCUGCUGUCCUUGCUGCACCCGUCCCUGCCCCUGGCGGCAUCCCUAGCGCCUCGACGGCUCAAACACAAUUGAAUGGCCUCACAGUCCGUGCUGUUGGUUCACAAGAUGGCUAUUCGCGAGACUUGUUUGAUCACUGGAUCACCAUUUCAGGCGCCUGCAACACUCGAGAAACAGUCUUGAAGCGCGAUGGAACGAAUGUCGUGACUGAUUCUGCGUGUGCGAGUACUUCGGGAUCGUGGUUCUCGGCGUAUGACGGUGCGACGUGGACACUUGCGUCCGAUCUCGACAUUGACCAUGUCGUUCCUUUGAGCAAUGCAUGGAAAUCAGGUGCCAAUACCUGGGAUUCUACCAAGCGUCGCAACUUUGCCAACGACCUAACCCGACCUCAGCUCAUUGCCGUGACAGACAACGUCAACCAGGCCAAGGGCGACCAAGGACCCGAGACGUGGAAGCCAUCUCUCACGUCUUACCACUGCACCUACUCCAAGAUGUGGAUUUCCGUCAAGAGCUACUAUGGCCUUUCCGUCAAUUCUGCUGAAAAAUCGGCUCUUCAAUCGAUGCUCAACACUUGCUAA